UGGCGGCGGCUCCGACGCGGAAGGAGCCGGGAGCGGCGGCCGCUCCUUGCGCCACGCUCUGAGCCCGGUGCCGGCCGGGAUGGCGGGCGGCGGAGGCCCGCGGGGGACGCGACGCUGAGCGGCGGCUCGGCCGUGUUUUGAUCUGCUUUCCCAAGUGCUUGUGGUGUGGCUGGGGCCAACAUUUAACAAUGAGUGGUGCAGCGUUGGGCCUCGAGAUAGUGUUUGUCUUUUUCCUGGCCUUAUUCCUACUUCACCGGUAUGGAGACUUCAGGAAACAGCACAGGCUGGUGAUCAUAGCAACAUUAUUGGCUUGGUAUCUCUGCUUCCUGAUUGUGUUCAUACUGCCUCUGGAUGUCAGUACGACUAUCUACAAUCGAUGCAAGCUUGCGGUUAACUCCAGUCCUGCAGAAAGUAAUGGCUCUUACGUUACUCUUGCUCCAAGCAAGCAAAAAUGUUUCAAACCCUGGAGUUAUAUUCCUGAUGGAAUUAUGCCAAUUUUCUGGCGUGUUGUGUAUUGGACGUCUCAGUUUUUAACAUGGAUUCUGCUACCUUUUAUGCAGUCAUAUGCUAGAUCAGGAGGGUUCUCCAUCACUGGAAAGAUUAAAACUGCUCUGAUUGAGAAUGCCAUCUAUUAUGGCACUUACUUGCUGAUUUUUGGAGCAUUUCUAAUAUAUGUGGCUGUAAACCCAAACUUCAAUUUACAAUGGAACCAGCUUCAGACUAUUGGAAUAGCUGCUGCAAACACAUGGGGUCUGUUCCUUCUUGUGUUGCUUUUGGGCUAUGGUUUGGUGGAAAUCCCUCGUUCUCACUGGAAUGGGGCCAAGAGGGGUUAUCUGCUCAUGAAGACUUACUUCAAAGCUGCCAAACUGAUGACUGAAAAAGCAGAUGCAGAGGAGAAUUUAGAGGAUAUUAUGGAGGAAGUCCGUAAAGUAAGUGAGAGUAUCAAAUAUAACCACCCCUUGAGGAAAUGUGUUGAUACUAUACUGAAAAAGUGCCCUACUGAGUACCAGGAAAGAAUGGGUAGAAACAUGGAUGAUUAUGAAGAUUUUGAUGAAAGACAGAACAGUUAUCCCAGUGAAAAAAAUUUGGCCAAACUUCACAAGCAGGUAAUCUAUUCAGUGCAGAGGCAUCGUCGUACACAGGUCCAGUGGCAAAUUCUUUUAGAGCAAGCAUUUUACCUGGAAGAUGUGGCAAAAAAUGAAAGCAGUGCAACUCGACAGUUUGUUCAUACCUUUCAUUCCCAGGAACCAGAAAAUAAAAUUAUUCAGUACUUCUAUACACCAACGGUUGAGUGGUACUGGGAGUGCCUUCUCCGACCAUGGUUUUACAGAGCGCUUGCAGUUGUGCUGGCCACGUUCUCUGUAAUUGUUGUGUGGUCAGAGUGCACAUUCUUCAGCACAAAACCAGUUCUGUCGCUAUUUGCGGUUUUCAUACAGCUGGCAGAAAAGACAUAUAAUUAUAUAUACAUAGAGAUGGCCUGUUUUCUUACCAUAUUUUUCUUAAGUAUCUGUGUUUACUCUACUGUCUUCAGGAUCCGUGUAUUUAACUAUUACUACUUAGCUUCACAUCAUCAGACAGAUGCAUACAGUCUCCUUUUCAGUGGCAUGUUAUUUUGCCGUCUUACUCCACCAUUGUGCUUGAACUUUCUGGGCUUGACCCAUAUGGAUGCAACAAUCUCUCACAAAAACACUCAGCCAACUGCUUAUACAUCUAUAAUGGGAUCCAUGAGAGUGCUGUCCUUCAUUGCAGAUGGAUUCUAUAUCUACUACCCAAUGCUUGUUGUCAUUCUCUGUAUUGCUACGUACUUCAGUUUAGGAACUCGUUGUUUGAAUCUUUUGGGGUUCCAGCAGUUCAUGGGUGAUAGCGAAAUGACCUCGGAUUUGAUUGAUGAAGGAAAAGAGCUAAUCAGGAGAGAGAAAAGGAAACGACAGAGGCAGGAAGAAGGUGAAAACAGAAGAAGGGAAUGGAAGGAGCGGUAUGGAAAUAGAGAGGAUUCCACCAGAAGCAGAGCUGUCCACACAGACCAGAAAGAAUCUAGCUUCUCAGAGACCAAUGCCAAUAGACCACUAUCAAAGUAUACCCGUUCAAAUGGUAGGACUGAAAGAGAUAGAAUAGAACUCCUCCAGGAUGCAGAACCUUUGGAUUUUAAUGCAGACUCUGUUAAUGAUGACCCCCUUGAAUCGGACUCAGGAAGGUACCAGCCUGGUGGAAGAUACCUGUCAAUGUCUCGAAGCAAAAUAUUUGAUGAUGUCUAAGCUCAUGAAAGCUAAAGAAAAUUCAGUGGAAAUCUAGCUCCUACUCAUUGCUUGGAAAAUACUGCAUUUGCAAUAUGUCACUGAACUGUCAAAGACUCUUUAAAAAAAAACAUGAAGGAACAACUCUUUGGGGAAUGCACGUGUAUGAUAACUUCACCUCUAGUGAUAGGAAUAUGCUUCUGCUGUUGUAGAUACUGUUGUUCAUCAGUGUGGGCUUUUGUGUCAUGACCAAAAGGAAAAAAAUAUUUAAAGUUAAUAGACGAUAAACUCACUAAUAUACCUAGGGCUCAACUUGAACUGUAACAGUCUAAGUUUGGGAAAUUUUCUGGAAUUUUUUAUUUUGUAUUUUAACCAAUGCUGUGAGAGCAUAUUGAUGUAUCCAAAGUGCAGUUAUAUCAACUAUGCUUUUGCUGAGAAAGUUAGUCACAGAAUGGUUUGGGUUGGAAGGAACCUUAAAGAUCAUCUAAUUUCAAGGCCCUCUGCCAUGGCAGGGACACCUUCUAGUGCUGCUCAGCCCUCCAUCCAGCCUGGCCUUGAACACACCCAGGGAUGGGACAUCCACAAGUUCUGUGUGGCAACCUGUGCCAGUGCCUCACCACCCAUACAGUAAAGAGUUUCUUUACAUAUCUAAUCUAAAUCUGUCUUCUUCAAAUGUUCAGCCAUUUCCCCUUGUCCUGUCACUACACUUCCUGAUAUAGAGUCUCUCUCCAGCUUCCCUUUAGGCACCUUCAGACACGGGAGAGUUUUUCCUGUGAGGUCUCCACACAACAUUCUCUUCACCAGGCUGUAAAGCCCCAACUUUUUCAGCUGAUCUUCACUGAGGGAGGUGCUCCAGUCCUCUCACCAACCUGGUGGCCCCCUCUGUGCUGGCUCCAGCAGGUCCCUGUGGUUCCUGUGCUGGGAGCCCAGGGCUGGAUGCAGUGCUCCAGGUGGGUCUCAGCAGAGCAGAGCAGAGGGGCAGAAUCCCCUCCCUGCCCUGCUGCCCACGGGGCUCUGGGUGCAGCCCAGGACACGUUUGGCUCUCUGGGCUGGGAGUGCCAUGGCUGGGCCAUGUGCAGCCUCUCACCCACAGCACCCCCACGCCCUUCUGGGCACGGCUGCUCUGGGGCUGCUCAUGCCCAGCCUGUAAGCUGUGCCUGGGAUUGCAAUGACCCAGGUAUAAGACCUUGCCCUUGCUUUGUACAGACACAUCUCUCAAGCCUGUCCAGGUCCUUCUGGAUGGCUUCCAUUCCCUCCACUAUCAACUGCACUGCACAGCUUGGUGUCCGCAGAUAGCCCUUGAGGUUCCUUCCAUCCUGGUACUCUGUGAUUCCAUGAAAUUUUUUGGUAUAAAUUUUGGAGCGAUGUGUGGUGGUCAGAAAAGGCUGUAUUUUUUCUUUUCCAACAUUACAAGCAGAUACAUGAUUUUAGCAUGUGUAAAUAGUUGAAAUUGAAUAUGGACCUGAGUGUCACUGUCAGAUGAGCAUAUGUGCAAUAGCAGGAAUACAUUAUUGAAGAUACAAUGUCUGCUUAAGAUCUUUACAGAUGUAAUGAUUCAAAAUCAUGGCACUAGUGUUUUUGUAACUGUAAAAGAAAUAUACUAUGAAGAUGGAGUUAAAUACUGAAACAUGAUAAUUUGCACGCACCUCAGGCACAGCUUCAAACUCUAGACUAUUUCUUUAAAAGAAGGGAAAUACAUAGCAUGACUAGGUAAUGGUAAACACUUUUUAUAUCCUAAAUACCCUGGUUGCAUUAUGUAUAUCAGUUUUUAAGGUGCCUGUAUUUUGCAGUAGGUUGUUGCAAAAAGAAUAAUACUUUGCCAUUCAAAAAUGCCAAUUAUUAACAGUGUAAAAAAGCUUCACAUUAAUUUCAUUAGUGUAGGCAUAUUUUUAAACCAUAGUUAGUUGUAUGAAUUUUCAAAUAUAAUCAUAAGGUAAAAGAUGUGGUCAAAUUCGUGAUAACUUUGAAAAUUUGAAUAAUUUAAAGCAUUUUGGUUUUUGUCUGAAAUCUUUGCCACUUGGGAGCUAGCUUUCUUAUGUGCUUUUUGCAAAAUUAUGUUGAAAACUAAAAGAGAACAUGUUUUUAUCAUACAUUCUUUAUCAUGCUUAAAAAACACAUCCUUAAAGCAGCUAGGAAUGAAUUAUUCUGAAAAGUAAGUUUUCAUGAAUGACAUAUUCUAGUAAUUUUUAACAAUAGUCUGUGUUUUCUCAAGUAAUUGUUAAUGGGGAUCUAACUCUACCUCCUGUGAUUUUAGUAUAUGUGUUGUAACAGUAGUGGUAUUUGUAAUACAUUGAUCUGCCUGUUUUGAAACACUGAAUUGUUACUAUGAAGGAGAAAAAUCUUUAUUUGUAUAGAAAUAAUUAUAUUAAUAAAUUAGCAGACAUACAAUAAUUGUCAGUUUUGUUCUUAGGUGAAUACAGUGAAUGUCAACCAUGCCCACAGGCAUUCAAGCUCAUGCAAUUUCCAGACUACUCAUAUGAGGUCACUUUUUAGUUUGAGUACUUUGUGUCUGUAAAAUCUUGUUCCAAGUCUUAGGCUUGAAUCUUAUCAGGGACUGGAAGUUGAGAAGAUGAGUCUCUCUUUAUUCAGAUAUUUCUUUAGGAAUUCUAUGGUAGCACCUAUUUAAUUUAUUUUUGAACUACUUAGUAGUACUAUCUUGAAUUCAUCCUUAUAUGAAAGGCGUUGUAUACAUUCUUGGGCACUCACCCAUAUGACUGUUCUUAGACUCUAUAUUUCUGUUUUAAAAAUUUAUAUCAGCAGUUUAUUUAUGAAAACCUGUGGCAGAAAUAAAAUUCAAACUCUUUAUAUAACUCUUGAGAUGUCACUUCAAAGGGAUCUCAUCAGAGCCAGUAGAAAAGCUAUUACAAGGAGCUUCUGUUUUCUGAAAAUCUGUGAAAUAACUUUACCUCCUCCCUGGUGACCAGAUAAUGGGAUUGAGCCUUCUUGCGGCCUGUUUUUUCCCCUCUCAGUGAAAUGGCUGCAAACAGAAUUUUCAGAGGAAACAUGGUCAAGGUUUUAUAUAAAGCAGGUAACUAGUCCCUAGUGCAGAUUUCAUUGGAAUACAGUAAUUUGAAGAGUUGACUGUAUAAAUUAAUGGCAGUGGGAUUUCAGAUUCUAACAUAGACAUUCCGCGCUGAACGUUUUUGACGUUGCAGUGCAGUAAGGGAGAACCAGUGGCUGCUUUUUGAGCUCUGAAAAGCUGUAAAGAAUUCUCUGUAUCAUGCUUGGCAAUGCCUGGUGUCACAUCUUCUCUGGAUGCUGUUUGGUUAGACAGGGAGUUGAUUAGUGAAGUCAGGUUUCCUCCAUUGUAUGUAUUGCUGACCAGGAGUUAUCCAGGCUCUAAUUACAUGCAAUUUAUUGCCUAAUUUAAAGUAUGUUUUGAAAACUCACUAUGGGUUUAUAUGACUGAAUCUGGAAUACUUUCAGUAAAGAAAUAAUCAUGUACAACUAUAGAAGAAUAAUAUUUUCUGUUCACUUGAGCUAGUUUCAAACAUGUUUGGUUACUGCUAGUACAAAUAAUGCAGAACUUGGCUGGGGGCUGUGUCCCUAAGGAUUUACCCCUCUCCAGAGAGCUGUGGAUGCCCUGUCCCUGGAAAUGUUCAAGCCCAGGCUGGACAUGGUUC